AUGUCGUCGCCUCGAUCCCAGCCGUCCAUGGAGACAAAGAUCCAACCGACCUCCAAGGAGGGCACAUAUCAACCGACAGUCUCCCCCGACACGGCUCCCAAGAAACCCGGAUCGACCUUUUCGAACCAGGACACCCUGCCAAAGCUUCCUAUCCCGGACCUUGCAAGUACAUGCAAGAAAUAUCUGGAGGCUUUGUCCGCCUUGCAGACCCCGAGGGAGCAGGAAGAAACCAGGGCCGCCGUGCAGGACUUUCUGAAAUCCGACGGUCCCAUUCUCCAAGAGAAGCUGAAGAACUAUGCCUCGUCAAAGACCAGCUACAUUGAGCAGUUCUCGGUCGUCCUCAACCUCAACCCGUUCUUCUUGCUGGAGGAUGACCCGACCCCCGCAAGAAACCACCAAGUGACAAGAGCUGCCUCGCUGGUCGUCUCGGCUCUGUCCUUCGUGCGUGCUGUUCGACGUGAGGAGCUCCCUCCAGAUACCGUUCGCGGCACCCCGCUGUGCAUGUACCAAUACUCCCGACUGUUCGGCACUGCCCGUGUCCCCACUGAAAACGGAUGUGUGAUCAGUCAGGAUCCUCACGCAAAGCACAUUGUCGUCCUGUGCCGAGGCCAGUUCUACUGGUUUGAUGUGCUGGACGAGAACAAUGACUUGAUCAUGACUGAGAAGGAUAUUGCCGUGAACCUUCAAGUGAUCGUCAACGAUGCAGAGCAGACUCCUAUCCAGGAUGCUGCCAAGGGGUGCCCUCGGUGUUCUCAGCACCGAGAACCGCAAAGUAUGGUCGGGACUGCGCGAUAUCCUGACCAAGGACGAGGGAUCCAACAACGCCGAAUGCUUGAACAUCGUCGAUACGGCUCUAUUCGUUCUCUGCCUCGAUUAUACCCGAGCCCCGCAACACGUCUCAGCUUUGCGCCCAAUAUGCUUUGCGGUACCAGCGAGGUGGUCAAGGGAGUCCAAGUCGGCACAUGUACCAAUCGGUGGUACGACAAGUUGCAGAUUAUCGUAUGCCAGAACGGAAGUGCCGGGAUCAAUUUCGAACACACCGGCGUGGACGGACACACGGUGCUGCGGUUUGCCAGCGACGUCUAUACAGACACCAUUCUUCGCUUUGCCAGAACCAUCAACGGCCAAGGUCCCAGUCUGUGGGCGAGCACCAGCCCCGAUCCCUCGAAACGGGACCCCCGCAGUUUCGGUAACGUGAGUACGACUCCCAGGAAGCUCGAGUGGGAUAUGGUGCCGGAAGUGAGCAUCGCGUUGCGGUUUGCCGAGUCCCAUCUUUCCGACCUUCUGCAGCAACACGAGUUCCAUACCUUGGAGUUUUCAGGAUAUGGAAAGAACUUCAUCACUUCCAUGGGAUUCUCGCCCGACGCAUUCGUGCAGAUGGCUUUCCAGGCGGCCUACUACGGCUUAUAUGGACGGAUUGAAAAUACCUACGAGCCAGCCAUGACCAAAUUCUUCCUGCACGGCCGGACCGAGGCCGUCCGUACCGUCACCAAUGAAUGCGUUAAUUUCGUGAAGACGUUCUGGGGCGAGGUUCCACCACAGGACAAAGUGAACGCCCUGCGGAAGGCCACCGAGAAGCACACGGCUAUCACCAAGGAGUGUUCGAAGGGCCAGGGCCAGGACCGCCAUCUCUACGCAUUGUACUGCCUGUGGCAGCGGUCCUUCGACGAGGGCGAUGUCUCUGCGGGUAACAGCGUGGAAGGCAGCUCCAACGGGUACUCCAGUCCCACCGAGGGCUCCGGGGUGGCGUCGCCCAAGUUUUCCGCUUCCUUGUCGGAAGAUGGACUGUCCACCAGCAGCUACGGUCUGCGCGCGGUGCGGCCGGCGCCUCCGACGCCGGCGUUGUUCAGCGACCCCGGCUGGGACAAGAUCAACAACACGGUGUUGUCGACCUCCAACUGCGGAAACCCCUGUCUGCGGCACUUUGGGUUCGGCCCAACCUCGGCGGAUGGGUUUGGCAUCGGGUAUAUCAUCAAGGACGAGUCGAUCUCGAUUUGCGCCUCGUCCAAACACCGACAGACCGCGCGAUUGAUGCAAACGCUGGAAUCCUACCUGUUUGAAAUCCGGAAGCUGCUCCGGGCGACCAGCGGCAAGACCACGAGCCCGCGGACCAGUCGGGCGCGGGAGAUGGAAAUGAUGACCGAGCGGUUCCAGGGGGAGCACCGUCGGGGCCGGAUCGUCCGGGGCGAUGGUCAGAUCGCUCGGGGUGCCGAGACGCCCACGACGGACAGUGGGGAAUUGGAGGAUGACGGCAUGGGCGGAUAUGGGUUCUUCGAUGCCGGAAUGCUGCUCCAUGCGCUGAAGGGGUUGAAUGCAGAGCGGGAGCGGGGCGGUGACAAGCCCGAGCGACGACGGUUCGUCGGGAAGAAGUUGCGACUGAACGAAUACUGA